AUGGAAGGUCAAAGAACGUCGUCGAUGGUGAACAGAACAGGAAGAAAAGAACAUAAUAUGAAAAGUAAAGUGAAGGUCAAGAAGUUUGAUGCCGAUAAGGACUCGGAUUCAACAUCUAAGAAAAAAAUAAAGAAACAAACAGGUUGGAAUGAAAGUGUAGACCGGAUACCGGAAAAUGCAAUACAGAGGGAAAAUGAACUGAGAACAAAAAAACAGUUUGACAGUUGUAAAAGAAAGGGUCUUAAAGUUGUUGUUUUAAACUCAUAUUCAAGUCAAUCAAUGAGCAUGGGAACAUGUGACCUUUCCAUGUUAUCAAAGGUUAUAAAAGACAUGGAUCUAAGUGACAUCGAUUGGUAUGGAUAUGUUUUUGAUUGCCUUAAGGACACAAGAAGUGCAUGGAAUCCAUAUAACAGAAAAGGAUUCUAUGUUGGGCCAAUUAUCUUUCUUUUGUUGCUAUAUGUAGAAAGUGUACGAUGUGAUUCAGUAAAGAUUGUACGAGGUUUAGUUAUGGGUGAAAUGCAAGAACCAUUUCAAGUCAUCAAUGAGUCAGCUGAUACUGGUAAUAUAGUUCAUGAUACCGUUCAAGCCAAUAAAGCAGGAGAAGGUGUGAAAUUAAGUGAUGGAAGCUUUAAGGCCAAUCUUUCAACAAUAAAGGAGAUGCACGUUAUGCUCAUGCAUAAAAAGCAAGUGUUGGAAGAUAAAAUAAAUGAAGCUGUUAAGAAAUACCCUGAGAAUCCAUUGGUCCAAGAAUGGAAAAAACAAAUUAAAUGA